AUGUACGAAUCGUGCUUGCAGAUAUUCUCAGGAAAUUACGACAGAUAUAUUAUCGUUCAGCACAAGUUUGUCAAACCUCUGUAUGGAAGAUACUUUAGAGUUUACCCUGUGGCCUGGUAUUCCUGGAUAGGCCUGAGAGUUGAAUUCUACGGAUGUGUCUAUGGAAAACGUUGUAACCAGCCUCUUGGAAUGCAAAACGGUCGAAUAAAAGGACGGCAGUUAUCAGCCUCCUCGAGCUGGGACGGAAAUCACGGUCCAUCCAAUGCCAGACUUCACUGGCGACGGCGAGGACCGCGCAUAGGAGCCUGGUCCGCGCGUCAUAACACUCGUUACCAGUGGCUUCAGGUUGAUUUUAUCCACGCCAUGCGAGUCGUGAAGAUCGCUACUCAGGGACGACAAGACGCCGCACAAUGGGUGACUCAGUAUUAUCUUACCUACAGUCAAGAUGGAGCGCAUUUCGCCGAGUUUAAAAAGAAUAGCAAUCGAAAAUACCUUACAGGUAACAGAGACCAAAACAGCGUUGUACAGCACCGAUUGUUCCCGCAGAUCAAAGCCCGCUACAUUCGUGUCUGUCCUUGGGGCUGGCACCGACACAUUUCCAUGAGGGUGGAGUUUUAUGGUUGUUCUGCAGGUAUGUAUUUAAAUCUUCAUCUGAGAGAUCGUUUUUGUGCCAUCUUAAACUAAGGACUCAUC